UUCAACAUGCAACGAAUGGCAGCUCAAGUAUGUAAUGGUGGUAUAUAGUGCAGUGUCAAUGUUACAGUAUAUUACAUCGCGAAUCUUUUUUAUAUUAAUUGUGAUACUUGUCAUUUAAAAUACAUGAAAAUGUAUAAUAUAAAAAUUUGGAAAGUGAGCAAUAGAAAUUGUCAAUUUUUUAUAUUUUUACUAAAUUUUCUACAUGCCUAAAUAUGCAUUGAAUAUUUUAUUUACGGAUAUGUUUUAACAGUGAGUGGAGAUAAGAGAUAAGCAUAAAGAACUAAUUAAUGCGCUCUACAGCGCCGUCUGUUGGAGAUUAUAUCGAGUUAUCGACUCUUCUAUAUUCGAUUGUCGAGAAAAAUAUGUGAAUCGACAGCUCUCGAAAGUAAAUUAUCCGAGAAUUUCGUUGCGCGUGUGUAAAUCUGCAGCUCAUCAACGGGUUUGCAGUUCUAUUUACCAUUUUAAAAAAUGCCGAUUCUUAGUUCAAAGUGUUAAAUGUGUGUAAACAAUGUCGAAUCCCGGCGGUAGCAGGAGGAACGGAGCAACUAAAAUACGUCUUACAAUUCUGUGUGCUCGAAAUUUAGCUAGGAAAGACUUAUUUCGCCUUCCAGAUCCAUUCGCUAAAAUUACUGUGGACGGUUCUGGUCAAUGUUUUAGUACAGAUACUUGCAAAGCAACUUUAGAUCCCAAAUGGAAUCAGCAUUAUGAUCUAUACAUUGGAAAAAACGAUGGAAUUACUAUCUCCGUGUGGAAUCAUAGAAAAAUUCAUAAAAAACAAGGUGGUGGAUUCCUCGGAUGCGUUAGAAUAUUGUCCAAUACAAUUCAGAGGCUUAAAAAUACAGGAUAUCAACGUUUGGAUCUUUGUAAAGCACACACGGAUGACACAGAUGUAAUUAAAGGUCAAAUAGUAGUGUCUUUAUUGUCACGAGAUGGGCAUAAUGGAGCAGUGAGUAAUACAGUAGGCCAUAAUGCAGUAGUAGAUGUACUCGGAGAUUUAAGUUGUCCUAAUGAUUUACCCGAUGGCUGGGAAGAAAGAAGAACUCAAAGUGGUCGACUCUAUUACGUAAAUCAUUAUACGAGAACAACUCAAUGGAUCCGUCCGACUUCUCGGCCAAACAAUGGCAUUAUACCAACAACACCUGAACCUCCUGCCUUGCCUAAUUCAGAACCAACGUCUCCAAGUAGCAGUGGAUCACCCUCCAACACUCAGCCAGAGAGCUCACCACAUAAUAGAACACAAGAGACAUGGUAUAAUGAUGGAACACCUAGUAGAACAUCCAGUAGAGAUAGUUCAACACAAAAUACACCAAGAAAUACUCCUACUCAAAAUCAAAAUCAGCAAAAUGCGCGAAGCACUACUCCACCUUCAGCUGGAAGAGAUCGAAGAAUAUCUAGGAAUAAUGAUGAACAAAAUGCUAAUCAGAGCAUUAACGGUAGAGUCGAUAGAAAUCAAAAUAAUGGACAAUUAAGAAGACCGGGCCGUUCAAAUCGAAGUCGAAACAAUGCUUUACCUGUCGGAGAACGAAGAAAUGAUAAUCAACCCUUGGAUCUACCGCGUGGUUACGAAAUGCGACAAACGCAACAAGGACAAGUUUAUUUCUAUCAUGUAGCAAGUGGUGCUUCAACAUGGCACGAUCCUAGAAUUCCACGAGAUUUGCCAGCUAACGAAAUAGCAAACGAGUUAGGACCUUUGCCAAGUGGAUGGGAAAUGCGACAAACUUCAAGUGGUCGUGUAUACUUUGUUGAUCACAAUAACAGGACUACACAAUUCACUGAUCCUAGACUUUCGACUCAGAUCAUUAACAACUAUCUUAAGAGACAUAAUAUCAGUACCACGAACAAUCAAUCGUCCGGAAAUACAGGUACGCCAAGGAAUGACGUUUCUAAUGAGACAACACCAGCGAUUACAACUAAUUCAAGUCCGGCUAAUAGAACAUGCAACACAAAUAAUAAUACAUUAACAGAAGAAAAUACAACCCUUGCAACUGUACAAACGGUUUCGGACCUACCAAAGGAGUUAAUGGAGAGUGAAUUAUUGCCUAAAUAUAAACGUGAUCUUGUAGCUAAGCUUAAGUGCUUGAGGGCAGAGUUGAAUGCUUUGCAACCUCAAAGCGGUCAUUGUCGACUGGAAGUAUCGAGAAACGAAAUAUUCGAGGAAUCAUACAGAAUAAUUAUGAAAAUGAGACCUAAAGACAUGCGCAAGAGACUGAUGGUUAAGUUUAGAGGAGAGGAAGGUUUAGAUUAUGGGGGAGUUGCUAGAGAAUGGUUAUAUUUACUUUCUCAUGAAAUGUUAAAUCCACAAUAUGGACUAUUUCAAUAUUCUAGGGAUGACAAUUAUACUCUUCAGAUAAAUCCUGAUUCUGGUAUUAAUCCAGAACAUCUUUCAUACUUCCAUUUUGCUGGUAGAAUAAUCGGCAUAGCUGUUUUUCAUGGGCAUCAUAUUGAUGGUGGAUUUACUAUGCCUUUUUAUAAAAUGCUAUUGAAUAAAGGAAUUACUCUAAGUGAUAUUGAAGGAGUAGAUCCUGAACUGCAUAGAAGUCUAACGUGGAUACUAGAAAAUAGCAUAGACGGAGUAAUAGAUGCAACGUUUUCUGUUGAGCAUAGUAGUUUCGGAGUUUUAAGGAAUCAUGAAUUGAAACCUGGUGGUAAAGAUGUUUCUGUGACAGAAGAGAAUAAAAGAGAAUAUGUUAAACUCUAUGUUAACUAUCGGUUUAUGCGUGGUAUUGAACAACAAUUUUUAGCUCUUCAAAAGGGGUUCCAUGAAUUGAUUCCUCCUCAAUUAUUGAGGCCUUUUGAUGAGCGUGAAUUAGAAUUGGUAAUUGGUGGACUGGGUACCAUUGAUAUUAAUGACUGGAAAAUGCAUACAAGACUAAAACAUUGUACCCCAGAUACACCUGUAGUUAAGUGGUUUUGGCAAAUUGUUGAAUCAUAUGGUGAAGAAAUGCGAGCACGACUGCUUCAAUUUGUUACUGGUAGUUCUCGAGUUCCAUUGCAAGGAUUUAAGGCUUUACAAGGGUCAACAGGUGCAGCUGGACCACGUCUAUUUACAAUUCAUGCAGUCGACGCGCCUAGUGAAAAUUUGCCGAAAGCUCACACAUGCUUCAAUAGAAUAGAUAUUCCUCAAAGCUAUCCUUGCUAUCAAAAAAUGUUAGAUAAACUGACACAAGCAGUUGAAGAGACUUGUGGAUUCGCUGUUGAAUAAAUUAGUAAGUGUCAUUCGGUUAGCUAAGAUUACGUUUUAUUUGACUUCGAUUUAUUCUUCUGUAGAUCCAAAUGCAUCGGAAUAUAUUAAAAAACGUUGAAGAGAAGAAAUAAAAUUUAGUAAUGAAUAAACAUUUGUCAUGAGACUUAUUAAGCAGUCACUUGGCUAAUACAAGUUCGAUAUAUAAUAUAUUAUAUUGACUUCGUGAUAUAGCUGUAACUAUCGGCCUAGUUGCUUGUAUAUUCUAAAUUUAAAAGAUAUAUCGAGAAAAAUUCAUUAAGUAGCAACAACCGAUUGUCAUAUCAUGAAAAUCAUAGUUAUUAUAAAAGAAACCAAAAUUUUGGUUUCAAGAUAUUUUCGCAGCUCAUAUAUUCAAGGUUAUUACUUAGGGCUUGAAAAAUUACUAGUUUUUAUUGCUAGAAAAACAUAUCAAUUUCUAAGAAUAAUUGAAAAUUUAAUGUCCCAAUUAUUUACUGGUUAUUCGAGUAAAUGUUUGUAGUAUAUAAAAUUUUAUCUAGAUGAAGAAAAAAUGAGUCAGUAAUAUAAAUAAAGCCCUAAAUUGUAAAAAUUCGCGUGAUAUAUGAAGGAAAACGUUUAUAUUGUGUACAUUUAUAAAAAAAAAUUUGAUUAAAUAAUAACCCUUUCUGUUCUUCGACACAAAAUGUGUGCAAUUGAAGGGUAUAUAUUUAAUAGGAUGUAAAUAAUUUAUUGAAGCUCAGAAAUAUUGAAAUUUAAUCAUAAGGUGACCAAGAUAACAACAAACAUGGUUCCAAUUUUGGGGAGGUAAAAGAGGUUUGAGCAUAACUAAAUGAAGGAAUAUAUAAAUGAAUAAAAAAUUAGGGAAAAAAAGUACUAAAAAAACACCAUAGGUAUAUUAUUAUAUCUUAGUCGUAAUUUUCUCUAUAAGUUGUAUUUAAAAUAAAAAAAUGAUUCCAGUCGAUGGAAUAUAGAGCAAUAGUUUAAUUAAGCUGAAAAAUAAAAUUUUUAAUUAUAUCAAGUAUUUUGUCUUAAGUAUGAACACAAUGAAUUAAUUACAUUCAAUUCUAAAAUUGAUAAUAAUUAUAACUACGACAGCGAUCACUGGUUAAACAUUUUAUUUUUUAAAUUUAAUUCUUUUUUACUGUUAUAACAAAAAAAACGUGCACUUAUUUAUAUUUACUACAGUAGCAUAAUUAUUUCAAUAACAUAUCAUAAUUGUUAUCAUCGAAUUAGUGAAAUUAAAAACGAAUAAUGAAAUCAAUACGAGAGAGCGAAAUCUCUAAAGGCGUUGAAUAAUUGAUAGUGCCUUUAACAGAAACAAUUUUGGCAACUAUUUAAAAUUAGUCACUGAAUUUAUAUUUGAAAUUAAAUAUUAGAAAAAAAUAAGAAAUAUUUGAAAAUUGUACUAUUUUAUUGGAUGAAUUUUCAGGCAUUUAAAGUUUUAUAUCAGAUUGUUAAAUUACAAUCAGUCAAGAAGUAAUGUAAAUAAUAUUAAAGUUUGUUGUCAAUUGCCGUUAACUGCCAAAAUUUUUUAUUUAUAAAAAGAUAUCAUCAUGUUGGUAUAAAAAUUUAUAAUAGAAAAGUAAAGCCAUGCAAAAUAUUAUGAACAGUUGAUACAAAAAGCAGCAUUUUUUCAAAUUUUUCUUAUUCAGCUAAUAAUAUAUAAUUAUGAACUUUUCUUUUUUUAUACAUGGCUCAGCUUAUGCGCACAACAUGAUUAGAUUAUUAUCUAUUAUUAUUUUUUUGACGCACCAUUAGAACCAUUCUUAUAUGUGUAAACAAUGAUAAUUGCUAUAACUGUUACUCUAUUAUAAAUUAGAAUUAUUGCAUUAGAUUUAUUAAAUGAUCACUAUCUUUUCUGCAAGUUGUGUCACCAUUACUAUCAUUUUUCAGCGAUAAUUAGCUUCAUCAAAAAACACUCUUCAUACAUAUACCAAACAUACUGUUCCUUUUAUAUUUUGGAUGAAAUGUAUAUUUUAAUAAACUGUCCAAAGCUAUAGAACUUUUUGAAUAUAA